GAAAUAGAAAGGAGAAGAAAAGCUAUGAAGAGGCAAAUAGCCAAAUAGGAUGCGUAGAUGCCCUUUGGACUGCUCAAAGGAUCAAACCCCCUUCCAUCUUCCUGCCCAAAACCCCAUCCUCCCCCUUCAUAAAUCUCCCUACACCCCAUUGUUGACUUCUAAUUCUAUUGCGAGAUACAAGAGCUGUGUGGAGUGCGAUCAUGGCAGCCGUCUCUCAGUUUAUGCAGGUCUCAGUUGCUGUUGCUCUCAAUGGAGAUUCGUCUCUACAAAGAUCCGCCCUCAAGGCUAACAGCAUUACAUUCAACAACAGAUCGCCGAUAUCUUUCCAACCUUUUGACUUGAAAACCAGAAAUGGAAAAUCCCGGAGCCAAUAUGUUGUUUGCAUGUCAGUGCAACAAGCUAGCAUACCCAAAGUUACUGUUUCACCAUUAUCACUUGAAGAUGCAAAAGAACCUCCACUGAACUUGUACAAGCCUAAGGGGCCAUACACAGCAACCAUUGUCUCUGUUGAGAGGAUUGUAGGCCCAAAAGCUCCUGGUGAGACCUGCCAUAUUGUGAUUGAUCAUGGUGGUAAUGUUCCGUACUGGGAAGGACAAAGCUAUGGUGUAAUUCCUCCUGGAGAAAACCCAAAGAAACCAGGUAGCCCCCAUAAUGUUCGUUUAUAUUCAAUUGCAUCCUCCAGAUAUGGAGACUCUUUUGAUGGGAAGACAACCAGUUUGUGUGUUAGACGCGCUGUUUAUUAUGAUCCCGAGACAGGAAAAGAAGAUCCUUCCAAAAACGGAGUUUGCAGCAAUUAUCUAUGUGAUUCAAAACCUGGAGACAAAGUGCAGAUCACAGGUCCUUCUGGAAAGAUAAUGCUUCUACCCGAAGAUAACCCAAAUGCCACCCACAUUAUGAUUGCCACUGGUACCGGUGUGGCUCCCUUCAGAGGCUACCUUCGUCGCAUGUUUAUGGAAUCCGUCCCCACAUUCAAGUUCAACGGCCUCGCUUGGCUCUUCCUAGGGGUGGCCAACACCGACAGUCUUCUGUACGACGAUGAGUUCGCCAAGUAUCUCCAGGACUACCCAGAUAAUUUCAGGUACGAUCGUGUUCUUAGCCGAGAACAGAAGAACAAGAAAGGAGGCAAGAUGUACGUCCAAGACAAAAUCGAAGAAUACAGCGACGAGAUCUUCAAACUGCUGGAUGAAGGUGCACACAUCUAUUUCUGUGGGUUGAAGGGCAUGAUGCCUGGAAUUCAGGAUACAUUGAAGAGAGUUGCAGAGGAGAGAGGGCUGAGCUGGGAGACCAAGCUUUCGCAGCUUAAGAAGAACAAACAAUGGCAUGUUGAAGUGUACUGAGAAUGUUGGGAACUUGAAACUCAAAGGAAUCAUGGAUUAUCUUCUCUCCUGUUUGAAACAGUAAUUGUUGUUUAGAAUUCUUGAAACUCAAGGGAAUCAAGAUUGUAUUCCUGUAUUUGAAAACAGAAAUAUUAUUAGGAAUAAAUGCUUCUAGCUUUAUCUAAGCCUUCAACAUUUUGUACUCAA